CCCCCUUAUAUUCAUUGAUUCCCAGAAAAUUGUUGAAGCCAGAAACCCUUUUCAAAAUCCCAUCGAAAUCCAAUCAAAAUCCAUUAUCGAAGGGAAUUAACAAUGGUUUGUAUUCGCAAGGCAACAGUGGAUGACCUAUUGGCUAUGCAAGCCUGCAAUCUCUUCUGUUUACCAGAGAAUUACCAGAUGAAAUACUACUUCUACCACAUACUUUCUUGGCCACAGCUCCUCUAUGUCGCUGAAGAUUAUAAUGGGAAAAUUGUGGGAUAUGUGUUGGCUAAGAUGGAGGAGGAAAGCUCUGAGUGCCAUGGCCAUAUCACUUCUCUUGCUGUUCUGAGGACUCAUAGGAAACUUGGUUUGGCUACGAAAUUAAUGACUGCUGCCCAGAAUGCCAUGGAGCAAGUGUAUGGAGCAGAAUAUGUGUCGCUGCAUGUGAGAAAAAGUAAUAGGGCUGCAUUUAAUUUGUACACGGAGACAUUGGGCUACAAAAUUCAUGAUGUGGAGGCCAAGUACUAUGCAGAUGGGGAGGAUGCUUAUGAUAUGAGGAAGCAGUUGAAGGGUAAAAAACAUCAGCACCAUCAGCACCACCACCACCACCAUCACCAUCAUCAUCACCAUGGUGGUGGCUGUUGCUCCGGAGAAGCUAAGGUCGAAGGAAAAGCAGGUGAACCGGAAGCAAAGGCAGAGUGAUGAUCUCAUCGAGAAUAUUGCUGAGUUUCUUGUAGGAUGGUAUUCUUGGUAAUACUCAAAGCGAAUGUAAUCGUAAUAUUAGUAGCUUUUACUUCUUAAAAGUGUGUCAUAACAUAUUCAAAUUUGUGGUUCUCAAACUAUGUGCUUGUAAUGAAAUUGGUUACCUGAUGGUGAUUAGUUUUUCUGAAGCUGAUCUAUUGAUCUCUUAAACCAUAAAUUAGCUACAGGCAUGCUACACAUUUAGUAUGAAAUCCAGGGGAUACUUUAAUAAUCA